UUGGCUGCUGUUCACGGACUCGGAGGCUGUGAGGCGCAGACUCAGGAGCCGUAGAAGAAGAGCUGGGGAGUUGGAGGACCGCGGAGGAGUGAGUAAAACCACAGAAGAAGAGCAGAGGUUUGAAGGAGUGGAGGAAAAAGGAGCGAAAACAGAAGAAGAAGAAAAAACAGGAAACUGGACGAACUUUACACUGUUCUGAGUCCGUGCGCGCUCCCGACGCCUGCGUCUCACUUCACACACGGGCCCGCAUGCGCACUGGAGCUGAGCUUCUCUGAAUAUAAUGGAGCAAUUGUGUCCGCGACUUCGGCGGUGACGUCACGGACAGCAACAAGUAGGGGGAAGGACGCGGGGACGCGCGUGAGAGUCGAAGUGAACCAGGUUGAGUCAACGUCAACAGAAACAGGAACCAGGAGAUGAGAGUCUGAGAAGGACGAGAGACACCCACCACAACAGGAGAGAGAGAGAGAGACAGGAUGUGGUGAGACAGGGUCAAGAGUGGUCUUACCUGUGGAACAGGUGAGGACACGCCCCCUGUGUGGACACAAACCAGCUGAGGACACGCCCCCUGUGUGGACACAAACUGUGUGGACACAAACCAGCUGAGGACACGCCCCCUGUGUGGACACAAACCAGCUGAGGACACGCCCCCUGUGUGGACACAAACCAGCUGAGGACACGCCCCCUGUGUGGACACAAACACCUGAAGGCUCCUGUCAAUGUCAGCGUCUGCCCCGAGUCCUCAGGUGUGUGGGCGGUUCUUCCUGGUCGGUCCAACCCUCAGGAUGAUCUGAGCGAAUCAUAAACAGCUUCUGAUUGGACGAAACCAUGAGUGGCGGCAGCGGUGGUAAAAAGAGGAGUGGCUUCCAGAUCACCAGUGUGACAUCAGACUUCCACCUCAGCCCUCUGGACCAAUCAGCUCCGGGUUCCGUCCUGUCUGUCGUCCAAUCGGGUGCUACGUCCCCGCCCUCUCAGGGAAGCUCCUCCCAGCCGACCACUCCCUCCCUGAAAAGGAAGUUAAUUUCCCACGAUGCCCCGGGUCAGGGGGCGGGGUCUAUGUCCAGGUUCCGGGUGGUCAGGCUGGCAGUGGGCGGGGCUGGCGGCGGGGGGCGGGCCCGGCCAUACCGCCGUGGACGAUGGACAUGCACGGAGUUUGAAGAGCAUCAGGAGGGGGCGGGGUUUAGACGGGUGAUGGACAGCAUGAGACACGCCCACUCCCUGGAGUCUCUGGAGAUGAUUGGCCGAGACAAAGAGAGGGGUGGGGUUUGCUCUCAGCCAAUCAGAGUUGUGGGAGGGGUGGGGCUGGUUCUGAGGAGCGGACCUCCCUCCCCGACACAUCAGGAGCCAAUCAACAUCUUGCUUCUGGACCGCAGUGAGCCAACAGCAGCGCAGCAUUUAGACUCCGCCCCUCUACCGCCUUCCCCCCGCCCACGAAAUGCCCCUCCUCCUCUGCGAUUGGAUACGGACGCCGCAGGACGGUCUGUCCUCAGACUGUCUCACUCUCAGCCCCCCUCCCCCUCUGUUAGAUCGUUCCAUCCCACUCUGACCCCCGUCCAGACUCCAGGAGCCUUCAGUCUGGACCAAACCAUGUUCAGCCUAACAGGGGACACCAGCUCUAACAACAGUCUGGUCACCAUCGACAACAAGAUCGAACAGGCCAUGGACCUGGUGAAGAGUCACCUGAUGUUGGCGGUUCGGGAGGAGGUGGAGCUUCUACGAGAACAAAUCAGAGAACUGCAAGAAAAAAACGCACAACUGGAGAGAGAGAACCGCCUCCUGAGGACGAUCACACACACACACUGACACACACACUGACACACACACAGAUACACACACACACACACACACACACACUGACACACACACACAGAUACACACACACUGACACA